GCGUAAAAGAUUCAAAGUCCUUGCAUUUCCCUUAAAUGCAAAUUUCCCAAACUUUUUUAUUUUUUUUUCUUAAAAAAAAAAAUACUAUGGAGCCUUCGACCUUUGAUAAAAUGAAAAUGGGUGCUGCUAUGGGUGGCACCGUUGGCUUAUGUAUUGGUUUUGUAUUUGGCACUGUUAGUUUGAUCCGAUUUGGUCCUGGUAACAAGAGUGCCGUUAGUUUAUUGAGUCAGUAUAUGCUUGGUUCUGCUGCUUCGUUUGGUUUCUUUAUGUCCAUAGGGUCUGUUGUUCGUGCAGAAAAUCGCUUACCUGUUUCCAAUUUGCCUGUCAUGAUUCAACAACGCGAAAAUCAACACAGAUAUAUUUAUAGUAACUUAAAGCAUUAGUGAUGUAUAUAAAGAGACAUGUAUAGUUGUUUAUUUAUAAAAAAAGGAAUUUUAUAUAUAUAUAUAUAUAUGUAUAGACGUACUUUUUUUUUGGUUAUGUAUAUUUUGUAAAAUCAAGUAAAGCUUCAUAGGGAUAACCAUCUUUGCCAAUUUUACCAGGUGUAC